AUGAUAGAGUCGUACAUCCCCCAAGAGUACCUUCAAUACUUCCAAUACUUUCCUGACGCCCAGAAAAUCACCAAUCUCAUCAUCUCGCUGACGCCUCUCUUCACCUAUGGGUUGACUUGCUGGGGAAUAUAUCGCAACAAAUCCUCUACCGGGUUUUCCAUAGACAUCUGCUUAUCCAUGCUCGUGUCGUCGAUUCUUCGAAUUUUGUACUACUUUGUUGUUCCAUAUGAGGUGUCGCUUCUACGCCAGUCUUUCUCCAUGGUAUUUAUCCAAUGCCUUCUUUUGUGGACUUCGUUGAAGUAUCGCCCAAAGACAUACAACCCAGAUAAUCUUGCCGAGUUACCCGACCUCCUGGAGGAGCUCAGCAACGUUCCCAAGGCUCUCGUGUCGCCGUACUCUUACGACCAGUCGGAAUUUUACUACCACCAGCUUUCCUCCAUCCUUCAGUACAUCUCCGUAUGGGGAAAACAGGGCCUUCGUCUUUUUGAUGUACACUACAAAAGACCCGGUUUUUUUUGGCAGUGGAUCGAUCAGUAUAGAUAUUGGCUGUUUUUAGGAAAAUUCACUCUUUUGUUUACGAUCCUAACUGUUUUCUUUCAGAGAUCCGAUACGUUUGGAUCUACAAUUGGGUUCUUUGGCCUUUUUGUUGAGUCACUCCUUCCGCUUCCACAGAUUUUACUUCUUAAUAGACUUGGGUCUGUCAAAAGCUUCAAACUGGUCCUUCUCAUAUCAUGGCUCUGCGGAGACCUCACGAAGUUAAGCUACUUGUUUUUUGGCACUCUGGAAAUUUCCAUCAUAUUUAUUCUAGCAGCAUUCUUUCAAAUGGGAUUGGAUCUCGUCAUCCUAUACCAAUAUUUUCAUUUUAAGAAACUUGACCAGGAAGGGUCCCUGAUACCUAUGUACAGCUUACCUGCAUCAGCAUAA